AUGAAUCCUUUUGCAUCGCUAGAAGGACAAGAUAAUAUUUCUUCUGUUUUUUUUUUACAUAUGCAACAAUUUGAAAGUCAGGUCAAAGACAGAUUCCGGUUCCCCAUAUUCAGAUUGGAGAGAAAAACUUUUGGCAACUCAUGUUACCAAGUCGAGACGCUUAAAGUUAAGUGUCGGCCAAGACACGCAAAAUCUUGUAAUCUUUUAACGCUGCUCUUCAAAUCACGGACGCAAUCAGUACUUGUACCUAAUUUUGGUUUUCUAAUAUUGAAUAGCGAACCAUAG